GAUUUCUAAACAAAUACAACUAAAGAAAUGGCUUUUAAACAUGUGCUAUUAAAUGUAAUAAACAAACAUUUACAUUUCUUGUGAGGAAAAAAGGUCUCUGCAGACUACCCGGGGUAAAUGUCCUGCAGUUGCUUUGAUUACGCAACAAUUUGCUGCUCUCAGUUCUCUGCCAGACGAUAUAAAGGCUUCUGAUUGUCCUCAGGAUGGCUCGGCGGGUAGCUGUGAUCGGAGCGGGCAACGCUGGACUGACCUGCAUUAAGUGCUGCCUGGACGAGGGGCUGGAGCCUGUUUGCUUUGAGAGCAGUGAUGACAUUGGAGGACUCUGGAGGUUUAAGGAGACACCAGAGGCUGAGUGUGCCAGCAUUUACCGUUCACUGGUUGUGAACACCUCCAAAGAGAUGAUGUGUUUCAGUGAUUUCCCCAUGCCAGCUCACUACCCAAACUACAUGCCCCACACACUGUUGCUACAGUACUUCAGACUGUACGCAGAACACUUUAACCUGCUCAAGCACAUUCAACUCCAGACCAAGGUGCUCAGUGUGAAACAGCGGGAUGACUUCUCUUCCUCGGGUCAGUGGGAGGUAGUAACUGAGAGUAGAGAUGGUCACAAAGAAACGCAGGUGUUUGAUGGUGUGUUAAUAUGUUCUGGGCACUUCUCACAUCCUGUCACACCCCUCUCAGCAUUCCCAGGCAUUGACACGUUCCCAGGAAAAUAUAUCCACAGUUGGGAAUAUAAGGACCCUGAUCCAUUCCGUGGACAACGAGUGGUGGUGGUUGGCAUUGGCAACUCUGGAGUAGACAUCGCUGUUGAGAUCAGCAGAGUAGCAGAGAAAACUUUCCUGAGUACACGCGAAGGAGGAUGGGUGGUGGGCCGCAUGGCUGGCAGUGGUCUGCCACUAGACAUCAUGGUGAAUAGACGCUUUCUUGCCAUGCUGCUCAGGUUGCCUCCUCGAUCGUUAGUUAACUGGGCAGCGGAGAGAAGCUACAACAAGAAAUAUGAUCACAGGCUGUACGCACUUCAGCCCAACUACAGGAUACUCGACCGACGACCCAUCAUUAACGAUGACCUGCCAGGGCGCAUCAUCCAGGGAGCGCUACAGAUUAAACCAAACAUACAGCAGUUCCGUGGCUCCUCUGUUGUGUUUGAUAAUGGAGUGGUAGAGGAAGGGAUUGAUGCAGUAGUCUUCUGCACUGGAUACAAGGCCACCUUUCCAUAUCUAUCCCCCUCCAUCUACAGCGGGCCUGAGGGGGGAAUGAGCCUCUAUAAUAAAGUCUUUCCUCUGAGUCUGGAGCAUCCAACACUAGCCAUCAUUGGGCUACUCAAUGCCACAGGCUCUCUAAUGCCUGUAGCUGAGAUGCAGGCACGAUGGGCCACCAGAGUCAUCGCAGGACUCAACCACCUUCCUCCUUUGGCAACAAUGCAGAAAAUGAUUGGGAAGGAGAUGAAAGCAAAAAUAAAGAGAUAUGGUUCUGUCAAGAAGGCUGCUCUGGAGGUGGAUUACAUUCCUUACAUGGAUUCCAUCGCACAGGAAGUGGGUGUGCGUCCCAAUCUCCUGUAUCUGUUCUUGACCGAUCCUGGUUUGGGUUGGAGGGUGCUGUAUGGUCCUUGCACGCCAUUUCAGUAUCGGCUACGUGGGCCAGGCCGCUGGACUGGGGCUCGCCAGGCCAUCUUUACCCAGUGGGAGCGUGUGUUCCAGCCUCUGAAGACACGGCCCAUUCCAGAGCCCAACAUCUCUGGCCCAUCCUUUUGGAGUCUGACAGGAGGGGCUGCAGUGAUUUUUGCCAUCAUUGUUCUACAAAAGAGUGUUCCAGUUUUCCUUCAGGAUCGGGUUGCAUCGAUAGCCUCUCUCAUGACUUACAUUGAGUCUGUAUUAGGGUGGAGAAAUGUGUGAUUCAAGUCAGGGCACUCAGACUUGCUCUUGUAGUUUAAUUAAUGAUCCUGUAUUGUAUAAAUGAUUUUCCAUCACUUCUUAAUAAAUAAAAAGUGUGACACACAAUUCCCAGUGUGACAUACAAUUGUAUACAAGUCACAAAUUCUUACAGUAAAGGAAAUAUGUAUUUAAUCCCUUGCUGGUUGUAAGUUUGUCUAUUGACAAAGACAUGAACAGUCUAUAAUUUUAGGGGUUGGUUAAUUUAAACAAUGAGAUAGAAUAUCAAAAAUAAAAUCCAGAAUAUCACAUUGUAUAAAUUAUAUACAUUUAUUUGCAUUUUGCAGAGAGAAAUAAGUAUUUGAUCCCUCUGGCAAACAAGACUUGGUGGCAAAACUCUUGUUGGCAACACAGGAAUCAGAUGUUUUUUGUAGUUGAUGAUGAGGUUUGUGCACAUGUCAGGAUGAAUUUUGGUCCAUUCCUCUUAUGUGAUCAACUUUAAAUUAUUACGAUUUUGAGGCUGUCGCUUAACAAUUCGGAGCUUCAGCUCCCUCCAUAAGUGUCUGUGGGAUUAAGCUCUGGAGACCGGCUAGGUCACUUUAUGACCUUAAUCUGCUUCUUCUUUUUGAGCCACUCCUUUGUUGCCUUGGCUGUAUGUUUUGGGUCAUUGUCAUGCUGGAAGGCCCAGCCAUGACCCAUUUUUAAUGUACUGGUGGUUACACACUGCUUUUAGAUAACUUUUUAUCACUCCUUGUGCAAAAGUUCAAAGAGUUCAGUUUGGUUUGAUGGCUUGUGAUCAUCCAUCCUCCUCUUGAUUAUAUUCCAGGGGUUUUCAAUUUGGUAAAUUAAAGGAAACUCAUGUAUUAAAAGCA